UCCUUGAAUGGUGAGAGCCUUAGUGGUCAUGGAUGACAAGGUGGUAUUGCACCCAAAUCUCUCAAUGGUGGUGUUUCCCAAACCUCUUAAAACAAUCUCAAUUAUUGACAGGAAGGUAGGCCGUGAAUUAUUCCUGAGUGCUUUAUUAAAGUGUUAGCCGUACCUUGACAGGACUCUAGGCCAUGAAUUAUGGCGUUAGAAGCAACUUCCAUCAUUGUUCUUGCUGUAGCACUGGUUUCACUUUGGCUAAUUGCAAACUCUCUCAGAAGCAGAAUUAAUAAGGGAAAGGCAAAGCCACCACAUCCUCCAUCUUGGCCAAUAUUAGGGCAUCUUCCUCUUCUAAGCAGAAGCAAACAACCCCUUCACAGAAUUUUAUCCUCGCUUUCAGAGACCUAUGGCCCCAUCAUGCAUCUACAACUUGGCGUACGCCCAGUUUUGGUCAUCUCUUCAUCAGAUCUCGCUAAAGAAUGCCUCACAACAAAUGACAAAGCCUUUGCUUCACGCCCACUUAUGUCUGCAGGAAAGCAUAUGGGGUAUGAUUUCAAAAACUUUGGUUUGGCUCCUUAUGAUUCCUACUGGCGAGACAUCAGAAAAAUCUGCAACCUCCAGCUCUUUACAGCAAAUAGAAUCGAGUCUUUCAGGCACGUUCGCACGGAAGAGAUUUCCUCUCUCAUCCGUUCACUGUUCGAGAGUUGUGAGAGAGAGAUGAAUCCAGUGAACAUGAAGUCGAGGCUUUCUGACCUCACAUAUAAUAUCAUGAUGCGAAUAGUUGCCAGCAAGAGAAUCUCGGCAGAUCUCGGAUCUGAAGAUUUCCAAGAAGCGCAGCACUUUAAGAUGUUGUUGGAAGAAUUUGUUUCAUUACUUGGAGCAUUUGAUAUCGCUUAUUAUCUGCCCUUUCUCAAUUUGGUCGAUCCACAGGGAAUAGUGUUUUCUAUGAAGAAUCUAAGGAAGAAAAUAGAUGUGUAUAUGAAGAAAUUGCUGCAGGAUCACCGAGAGAAGAGAGGGGAGCAUGCUCGAGACUUAAUCGAUGUUCUCAUCUCUGCAACAGACAACAAUGAAAUUCAAUCUGACAAUAACGACGAUGUGGUGAAAGCCAACGCCUUGAGCUUGAUAAGUGCAGGUACUGAGACAUCCUCUGUGACUAUCGAGUGGGCACUGUCAGCUAUGAUACAGCACCCAGAUAUUUUGUGCAAAGCCCAGCAAGAGCUCAACUUACAUGUCGGACGGAACCGAUUAAUGGAGGAAUCAGAUCUGCACAAGCUGAAAUAUUUGCAGGCCAUUCUAAAGGAAACCCUCAGGCUUUAUCCAGCGGCAGCUCUUUCGGUCCCUCAUGAAUCUAUCGAGGCUUGCACUGUUGGAGGAUAUCUUAUUCCCGCAGGAACUCAACUGUUGGUAAUUGUGUGGGCAAUUCAACGAGACCCAACCGUGUGGGAGCGCCCCACGGAAUUUGAUCCUGAACGUUUUCUCAACAGCGGCAAAGAGAUUGAUGUGAAAGGGCAGGAUUUUAAUUUGUUUCCGUUUGGUUCAGGGAGGAGAAUCUGUCCGGGCAUGCCUUUGGCAUUGAUUAUGGUAACCUAUACAUUGGGGCGGCUGCUUCAAAGCUUUGAGUGGUUUGUUCCAGAGGGCACUGUAAUUGACAUGACAGAGGGGUUUGGGCUCACAAUGCCCAAAUCAAUUCCAUUGGAGGUCGUCAUUAAACCUCGCCUCCCACUCCAUCUCUACUAAAAUGUCUGCUUACUGUUCGGAGCAAAGAGUUUUCAAUCACAGCUUUCGUCCAGGAUCAGUUAAUUUACUAGGAAUAGGUUUUGAGGUUUCAAGUCCUCGUUAGAUUUUUCUAACGUUAGCAUUAUAACUGUUAAUGUUGGCAGAUUGUAUAAUAUAAAAAUUAAUAUUUUCGCU